AAAAAAAAAGUUACCACUUCAGUUACAUCAGUUUUAUUUGUUGUAAGUUUGUUAAAAGUCAAACCCAGAACAAACAAGAACAGUUUGAACAGUUUGAACAUUUUUGAACAUUUCUCAAAAAUGAAAUUGAACAUACAAAAUAAAAAUAUUGUUAGCAAAAAUCUGAUCUUAUGUGUUUAACAUAAUCAGUCCAUUUAAACCACGUCCUAUAAAAUGUCUCAGUUUGUAUUUUGGGUGAAUAGGAUAAUUUUUUCAUAUAUCUCGAGUCACAUCUAAUCAUUCUUCAAUGGUGGGAGGAUCUGGUGUUGACCACCUACUGGAGAUACAGCCUUUUUGCUUGCAGCCAAGAGUAUAAGCAAGACUGAAGUUCCACGUUUAUCAACUACCAACUAUUCCUGAUUGAUUCUUUUAAUGAUUAUUCAUAAAUGUUGUACCAUUUAUCCAGAGGAGCUGCAAACCAGUGAACUUCAGUCUGGCCUGCGUUCCUUCGCAGCGCUCUCCUAAGAUGCUGCAAACAAAAGCGAGCACCUUCCUUCAGGUGGAGGUGUCCGUCGCCGGCCUGUAGGGGCUGCACCUCAGCCAUCUCAGGUGGCUCGGAAACCCCCCGCGUGCUCCCUGCGACACGCACUGAAGGCACUGGUUUUAUUUUUGGAGCGGCCGCGGGCGCUGUGACUCGCUCGCUGCGGCUCCAGUUCACUUCAGGAUGAGACGGCCCUGUGGCACUCUGAGCUGGGAUUAACAAGCAGAGAGCAGUUUGUCCCCCGACAGCCGCUCGCUGAAGCCUGUCCAUCAAAACGCAAGCGACACACACAUUUCCCCUUCAGAGUGCGAAAUGCUGAUGGAAGUCAGCUACAGUAACGGGCUGGAGCCUGACCUUUCCCAACAGUAUCCUCCGCCCUUGCUGCCAAAACCGGGCAAAGACAACGCAAGGCUUCAGAAACUCAAGAAGAAGAGAGCCAAGAAGAAAGGCAGCCUCUCUCAGACGCCCAUCCCCUUUCGCUCCUGUUUGUCCCCCGUCAACGAAGCAAGCACAGACCUCGAGCACAGUGACCAGUCCAGCCCACCGAGGACGCCAGAUUCAGCCUACAUUGCAGACUCCUCGGUGCCCAGUUUCCCCUUUGGCUCCCUCUAUGAUCACCCUGCAUCUGCAUUCCCUCAACCUCAGAGCAAACCCUGUGGCCAAACUGGCGGCUUCUCCCCUCAGUCCUACGCAGCUCAGAUCAGGACUUAUGAAGAGCAGGUGGCGCCUCUGUAUGAGUGCUCCUCGUUCUUAUUUGACGAUGCGACUCCUUUCAUGAUACCACCUUUGACUUCUCCACCCCGAUCGCCACCUGAGCGGGUUACAGCACCACCUCCUCCCUCUGUUCUCAAUUUAAACAUGGCACCAAAUUCCCAUGGGGCAGUCACAACAGUCCCUCCAGUCCCUGUGUUGCAGUCAAGCCCUAAAAUAUCAACCCACAGUCUGACCCUAUCCCCAGCUGCCCCCAAUGGUGGCCCAGGCCUGGCACCUUCUCAGGUUGCAGACCUACCCCCUGUUCCCAUGUUGCUAUCGGUUUCAAACACUCAACCUUUUAUUUCCAGCCAGAGGGAGACAAACGGCGGUUCAAAGGACAACCCUCAGAGCCAGACAUCAUCGUGGAUUGCCAAGCCAACCAGUAAUGGCAGCUUUGUUCCAAGUCACAUGCCCUCUGAGGUAACCGCCUCAAAAAUAUCACUUGUUGAUGCAGUGAAAGAGACGAGGCCUGAAGCAGCACAAACUAGGAUUUACACAUCAAAAGCAACGUUUUAUGAGAUCUCUAAACCUCCGUCUAUCCAGGACAUCACAGUAACUAAUCCAUCUGACCAGGGAACACUUUUACCUGCAGAGUUGAGGGAGAAAACUGGUGUGUCCGUGAUGAAAACUGACACAUUGUCUGCACCCAGGUCCCAGUGUGGAAGGCCCAAGACACCCUCUUGUACACCAGCUCGAGUAUCCACACCCAUUUUUGAAAUGUCAAAACCAAACCCGCUUUUAUUUGCUGCAACUCCAGUUUUCAACUCCUCACACGAAAAACCAGCACCUGCUAUUUCCAACGAGGCUCCAAAAGAGAAACUAGCAAUUCAACCCAAUCCCAUAAGCAAAGCUCCAGCCACCACAAACGAGUGGAAGCAGACUGAUAUGAAUCACUCAUUUUCCACCGAACAAGCAGCCAGCAAUUACAAAGAAAAAGAGAUCCAAAAUACACGAAGAAGUACAUUGAAUUUAAGCUUUGCCAAUACUGAGCUAUACCCCAGAGAGAUUAUGACUGAAUCUGGCUUCUUUGUGGGCAAACCAGCAGUAACAGAACCACAAAACACCCUUCAACAACCAACAGACCAAGCAACAGAAAAGGAACUUUCAUCUUUGCCAAAGGUCCCGUAUUUUCUUUCUGUACCAAAGACUUUCAACCCCACUGUAAUAUCUUUGCAAUCACAACCAAGCCCAAGCCCUGCAAUCUCCCCCCAUCGUCCUCCCGUGGUCGAGGCUCGCAAGUCUCUGUCAUCACUUCUGGAGACUCAGAUGUCAUUAGCGACCUCAAAGCCCAAAUCAAGGUCGACGUAUUACGGGCUUACACCAGCUGAGUAUGUUGCCUAUGGUGGAAUUAGGACUCUCGCAUCACAUCAAAACACUGUACCCACUAUGGUUAAUGAAACAUCAUCACAUAAAACACUCUCAGACAUACCUGCAGAUGGAUCGCAUGUCUCAAAGCUUGAGAAACAGCUCAACGGACAUGAGGAUCCAACCUCUUUGGCCAACAGUUUACAACAUGUGUCGCCUCCAAAGGAAUCAGAACUUCCAGCUGUACGGACUGCCACGCGUAGUAAAAGCAUCUUUGAUGAAAGUGAGUUUGAAGCUCACAGUAUUGGAAUAAAAUCACCUAACUCAUCUAAUGUGGACGUAAUAAAAGCUGAACAUCCCCUUGCCUUGGCAGAGAAAACAAUUCAACAACCCACAAGUGAUGUAUCCACAACAAAAGCCUCAUACUCAGAGGCUCCAAUACCAGUACCUAAAGCAGGUGAGGUACACACAGCGACCCCAUGCCUGACUGAUAGAAGUGGUCUGUUGAGUUCUUCCCCCCCUUUAGUGAAAGAUUUGAAUACAGGAACACAGCAAGAGUUUAAUAAAAACUGUUCAGGGAAAGCCAGUGCUACAAAUACAACAGAACAGACAGGACAGAUAGAAAUACCUCAAAUCCAGAAUUUGCAACCUUCUGGUGGAGUCAGUCCAUCGAUAGCCACUGCCAAGCCUGUUAAAAACCAUCAAAAUCUGGUUGUUCAGCCUCCUGCCACACAAUUAGAGCCCAAAUUCACAAAGAAUGGUGGUAUAAAUGGUGCACCUAUCUUAGGAAUUCAACAAUCCACCAAAGUAGUUUCAGAAACCCCAGUACUGAGGCAACUGGCUACUGAAGCCAUCUUACACAAACAAAGGGAAGAGCUCAUGCACCAAAUCAAAACUAGCAGUGAGGUUAUUCUGCCCAAUAAGACAAACACAGGGAACAUUUUGCCUUCUAUGGCAGCUAAUAUGGAACCUAACAAAACAAACGCUGGCCCCCAGUUAUCAAAUACAUUUUCAAAUGAACCAGUCAUCCCUACCACACCCUCGAUGUUGCCUCACAAGCCUGUCAUGGCAUCCGUAUGUCCUGCACAGUUUGGUAUCUGCACAGUAUCCUCACCUGAGCAAAGCACCAAAUUCACGAAACCACCCAGAGCAGAAACUCAAGUUUACAGACAUAAUCAAACUGUAGAAAACAAGGUCCAUUUACCUCCAUCAAGUGUACCCAAUAUACCUGCUAUAAAUACUAUCUUGCCAUGUAAACCUACUACAGAGACUAAACUACCUACCCAACAAGUUACUGCUACCAGAUCACCUAAUAUUUCAGACAUUAAGGUUCCUUCAGAGGCAAACUCAUUGAAUUCUCCGACAAAAGUGCAACAGAAGUUAACCAAUGGUAGUGAGAACAUAUUUGUAAAAGCACAGACUAGCAUAGCAUCCAGUGGCCAAGGAAAUGUUGUUCAAGGUGCAAGUUUCUACACAAGAUCUGCAGGAGAAUAUUCACAAGCAAAUAAAGCCACUCUUAGCACCAAAGAUACAGUGAUGUUUAGCCAAGCAAAUACAGAAGCCAAAAUCCUUGCACAUAUUAAUACUGACAAUAACAGAUGCAGCAGCCUGACAGCACAAAAAGGAGUGAAUUCACAACUCAUCACUGAGACAGUGGGUUUACUGACAGGAAAAAUACCACUGGAGCAUCUUCCCAUUACAUCUGUCACAGCAGAAAAUCUUCAAACAAAACGUGUUAUUGAAACAAAUCCAACUUCUAAUCUUACUUCUAAUUCAAACCCGCUUAGCAAUGAAGCCAAAAUAUCCAACAAACCAGCUCCAAACCAGCUGAGGUCUUUCACAGACCCGGUUUCACCAAGCGGUGUAGCUAUCCAACACAAACCUGCACCAUCAAACAAGGUCUACCUGGGUGAUAAUGUUCAAAAUAUUCCUGUUGCUGAAAUCAAAGUCCCCAACAAGCCUCUACCAAUAACAGCAAGCCCAACACUGAGCAGUAAACCAACAUUUAAUGCUACUGAAGUCAGUAAACCUACCAUCCCCUCUAGCCCCACGAUGAGGCACGUAACACCAAAAAGUCCUCAGAUGAAACCACAGCGACCUGAGAGUCGACCUGUAAUGACACCAACCGUGAAUACAAAUUCAGGUUUUGGCUCUGCUGAUGGUAAAUUGUUCACUAGUCCCCCUGUUGAGAAGAGACCAUCUGGAACAUUGGGACACCAAAUUACCACUAAAACCACAGUAAAAGAACAAUCUUCAUUCAUUCAGACGAUUUUAGAUAGUAAACCCAUGAUGAGUCCACCUACCAAAAUAAAACAAUCCAUAACAUCUAAGACAGAGACAAUAGCUUCCAUUACCACUGGUUAUACCACAGCUAACACAUCUGGUAUCCGCAUGGACAGGAAGACCACACAAGCAGCCAGGUCAAGUCAAAUCACUUUAAAUGGAGUUCAAUCGUCUGUCAAUUCAAUGAGCUCUCAGAUCUUAGUUCAACAGUUUAGUUCUGUUAAUGAAACAAACGCUGUGAAUCCCCAACCCCUCUCUCCAGUUGGUUUAAAUAUCCAACCUGUUACAAAUAUUCAGCCUCUCAGUGAAGCCAUCAGAGAUGUUAAAGCCCCAAAUAGUCCUCCAACAGCAACCAAACCUUGGACUAGAACCAGAUCUUCCCCUCUACCAGAGCCAAGAGUGUGCACACCUAGACAAACCUACACUCCAACCAUACCUCAGGCCUCUCAAACCCCUGUCCCCUUAAACCCCUUGACAGGAACAAACCCCUCGUUGGUCGCUGUGAAAGACCAGAUGACCCAUUUUCUAACUAAUGCACCUACUAGUGCUGUUCAGCCAUCUCCUAAAUCAAUCAUGGAAAAUAUCCCUAAACAAGAAAUAAAACCACCACCAUCUAAGGAGGCUUUAGUUCCUGAGGUAAAGACACAUCCCCAAAUGCAACACAUAAAAACAAACCUAGCAUCAAAUUCUGGUAAAGAGGAAAAACUGUCUUCACUCAGCACCAAAGCUAGCUCUCCCACCGAAACUGGUCCUGUUUCAACAAAUAGGAAAGCCCCUGUUAAGCAGGUAGAGCCAAGACCUUCCUCUGCCGCUGUAGAAGCAAAACCCUCAGCUGUAAAAACAGAAUCCCUAAAGUCUCUCCCCGGCCUGAUCCAGGUUAGCAGUAAUGUUCAGCCUCCGCCACAGCAACCGGUAGAGAACAUUUCCCCUGCAAAACCAACAACAGAUACUGUCAUGAAACCAUCCAUAGUUAAAGCCGCUGUGAUUGACUCUGCCACUCCUGCCUCUCUGCCUCAGGCCUCAGUCUCAGUCAAAGCUCCAUCAUCAAACAGAGGAACGUCACCGCCAUCUCAGCAAAAAACUGGACUCAAAGACAAGGACCUUCAGAUGACCAAAACUUCAGCUGCACCGAUGGAGGUCCCGGCGAUCGAACCCUCCACGAAGUCAGCGACAUCAACUGCAUCUUCAACUGAUGGGAAGAAGUCCAUCACGGCGGAAUCGUCCUCUUCAUCCACUGAGCUCAAGUCGGCCAAGACACCGAAAGGCCUGAAAGGGAAACUCAGUGGGUGGACACGGCUGAAGAAGCACAUGGUCGUGGAGCCAGACGAACCCACAUUUCCAGAGGUCAAACCUAAGGCUGAUCCCAGUGUCGACAAUGAGAAAUCAAAUCAAGUCACUACUGAGGCGUCUACAAAUGACCAACCUGCCAAUCAGGAGGUGGCUGGUCCUGUGGCGUUGAAGAUGUGGGACGCACUCCUGUUUCAGAUGUUCUCCACGAAAGAGAAAAUCAUGCACCAGCUCAAUACCGCCAAGAAAGACUCGGACAAGAAGAAGCCCUCUAAUGACAAGCAGGGGGAAUUACCUUCCUUCGUCAACCGCCUGCCAGUUUUACUGUACAGCCCUCGCUUCGAUGCCCGGAAGUUGAAAGAAGCGGCAGAGAAGCCGCUCACGAAAAUAGCAGCAGUGUUUGAAAGGGGGCUAAUAAAGCGUAAAUGUCAGGAGGACGAGCCUAAGGACUUCAACAGAACAGCCAGAGGAUUUGGUUCAGUGAAAAAUACUGAAGAAGAGAAUGAUAAGUGAUUUAUAAUGGAUUUAUUUCAUGUGUUCUUGUGUAGGAUGGAGCCACAGAGGAAAAGAAAAAAAAUGGAUUUCUCUGAUAGAAUAGCUCAAGGUAAAGGAUUAAAAAUGAUUGAUUGCUGCUUAAUCACAAACUACUUGACUGAAUGCUUGAUAUAGUAGUUUACUGCUGUCUUAAGAUGUAUUCUAAGAUUGAAAAUACCAGAGUAAAAUUAUCCCUAUAUCCUAUCACGAAUGUGAAAGUUACCUGUUAAAUAUAUUGGAGCCAAAAAAUGACAGUAAAGCUUUAAUCCUGCCCUUUUAAUGAAGUCAAAUUAGUAUGUGAGGAAAAGAAAGAAGUAGUCUCUGUUACUGUACUUUUCUGUUUUCAAUUGAUGAUGGUCUAGAUUUAGUAAGAUUUGAAUUAAAGUAUAAUUAGUAGCUUGUUUCACAAUGUUUUUCUAUUUUUCUAAUCAAAAUGAGGCUUUUAGUGUACACCGCUGGUAGGCAGUCUUUUUUUCUAAUCUCUGUAAUAAAUAGGGCUUUUACAUUCCUGGAACAACAGGGCAGAUGGAUUUUGUAAGAAGAAAAGAUGGAUGAAAUGAGUGAAGGUAUGGUCUGGGUAAAUUUAGGUUUCUGCAAGUCAGACAUGGAUGGGAAGGAUGUGACUCUAAGUUGGGCCGUAGGCUGGUGAAUGUUGGGACUGGAACAAUUUGACCCGUGCUAGCAGCUCUAGGAAUAUCAAUGUUUGUGUUUUGGUCAAGCAUUUUGAACUUGAUUGGAAUUAUUGGACCAUAGUGAAGAUAAUAUGUUUGGUUUUGAGUGAAAGAUUUGUACAAGUGAUAGAUUGUUAUGAGGUUUGACUUCCAAGGUCAGGCGAAAUUAUUUCUGCUGUAAAGAAUGGAGGUCAAUGGUGAUUGACUCGUUGGCCUCUAGUGGCCAUUAGAGGAACUGCAGUUAUUUGGCUUCAUUCACUUCAUUUUUCAGCCCCAGACGAUGAUGCUCUGUUUUUUUGCAAUAAAUAGUUUGGCAAUGCUGCUAGCAUAUGGGUGUAAAUUCCAUCAAAUUAAACGUAACAAUUAAUUUAUUCGUGGAAAAUAAUUGUCCAGGACUUUUAUACUAUAGAGUCUAGAUUGUAAUUAACAUGUAGACCACAGACUGAAGAUGAUGGUAAUGAUGAUGAUGUGAUGAUGAGGAGGAAGAGGCCUGCUGUAAGACGACAACUAAAUGACACGUAGCGACAGCUGGAGAUAGUAGAUGUGUAUUUUUUAAUAAGUUUGAAGGAUUAUGGUGCUGCCAUAUCAGGUAUAUUCACACUGCUGUUGUGUUUCUUUCAUUUGUCUUGAUUUUAAAUUCAAAUUGUUGUUUUACCCCAUGCCCCCCGAGAUGAAGAUCGUAAUGUGGAAUACUCUUUGGUUAGGGUGACUUAACCAACAUAAGCUUAACACGGCCCCAUUUAUUACACUGAUGCUCAACGUGUCUUGUUUAUUGUGUGACUUUUUAAAAAUGCAUAAAAUGUUGUGGAACUCUU